AUGAAGAUAAGGCUCUCAUGUUGGUUACACUCGCGGCCUCUGAUUCUCAGAGUCAGAGCCAUUUCCUUGCUCAUUAGCCAUCACUGUGACACUGACGAGCUCUCAAACUCUCACUCGUCGUACCUGUUACCUUGGUUGGCGCGCUUUGUAUUGAUCCGUCUCACUUGGACCCCAUCGCUCACUUACAUGGAGGUGAACAACCCAAAAAGAUGUUCGAUCAAGAACAUUGAACAUCAUUUAAAGCAUGUCUCAAACCUCCCGAUAUCAUCUUCUGGAAAGGUUGCCGUUCAUCACGAAACGACCGUACGGAAACUUUAGAGUGACACCAGAAACUUCGCAUCAUGAACCUGCAUGCCCUCAUGUAUGUCAUAGACGAAGAGGAGACUUAUUGCCUUCGGAGCUAAAGUUGUUCCAAAACACUGUCACAUAUGAUCAACACAUAUUGCGUCAAGCCCUUGAAGUGAUGGGAGAGAGGGUCGGAAAUGAUCCUCAAAGAUACAAGCGGCCAGGACUGAUAGAGCAGUCUUUGUUGAGGGACUGCUCGGCUCCUAGAGCUGCAGACUGGGCUCCAGUGGAAGACGCUUCAGCACGUUUGAGCACGAACUUCCCCAAGUUACCACCAGACAACGUGGAAGGGACAGCCUCACUUCAGGCGCUAAGACCUGAUGAUCCCUUGACUUAUGCCAAAACGGCAUUCAAUUACAUCAACUUGGCCAUCUGCAACGCUGAUCUCACGGUCUGCUUGCUACCGUGGCCCGCUGGUGUUGACAUACGUAACAGAAGAGCAAUUAUCACGGAAUCAAGUUCAAAUCUCUCUCUCGACUUUGGAAAACUUAAGAAGACCACGAUAAUUCGUAAAACGUAUGUCAUCAAACGGCUCUCUUACAUUGGCAGCUUUCUCAGAAUUGCGAUCAAGAUUCGAGUCUCAAGUCGGCAUGAACCUUUGGGUCGACAUUCCAUGUAUCAACUCAGUCCAGACCGGUGGAAUAGGGAUCAUGAAUGUUAUACGUAUAGAGGGAUUUGUUAGCGAAUCAUCCUCUGAUAUAGACCAGGCCAAGAAGAGUGCGCUUCUUUAGCUUCUCAGAUUUUGAUCACCGGGAGAAUGGCUGGCUUGAUUAGCAGUGAUCGUGAAACGAUGUAACACGUAGAUUGUUAGAGAAGACUUUGUACUUCCAUGAUCCAUGAAACCUUCUCUGUGGACCCAGCUCUACUGUCCCCUUCUGAUACUCACUGAAGUAAGGCAAGCUACUCUUUAGCACAUGCGCGCCAGUUUUGUACGCAGGAAUAAUGGCCGAUUCUUUGCAAAGAAGCCUCUCAACUAUAUCCUCUCAAGUCUUUGGAUAU